GCAUGCUCGCGGGCUCGCGCGUGCAUGAGCCUCGCGAGCCAACGUGCGCGCGUCCGGCGUCCGAGGCGGCAAUUAUUUCCAGUCAAAAAAGUGAACCAGUGCCUGGCAUUCUCACCAGUUUUCUACCUGCCAUGAUCAAGUGCUUGUCAGUUGAAGUACAAGCCAGGUUGCGUUCUGGUUUGGCUAUCUGCUCCUUAGGCCAGUGUGUUGAGGAGCUUGCCCUCAACAGUAUUGAUGCUGAAGCAAAAUGUGUGGCUGUCAGGGUGAACAUGGAAACCUUCCAAGUUCAAGUGAUAGACAAUGGAUUUGGGAUGGGGAGUGAUGAUGUAGACAAGGUGGGAAAUCGUUAUUUCACUAGUAAAUGUACCUCUGUACAGGAUUUGGAGAACCCAAGGUUUUAUGGUUUCCGAGGAGAGGCCUUGGCCAGUAUAGCUAACAUGGCCAGUGCUGUGGAAAUUUCAUCCAAGAAAAACAAAUCAAUGAAAACUUUUGUGAAACUGUUUCAGAAUGGAAAAGCCCUGAAAGCUUGUGAAGCGGAUUUGACUCGACCAAGUGCUGGGACAACAGUCACCGUAUAUAACCUAUUUUAUCAGUUACCUGUAAGGAGGAAAUGCAUGGAUCCUAGACUGGAGUUUGAGAAGGUCAGGCAGAGGAUAGAAGCUCUCUCACUCAUGCACUCUUCCAUUUCUUUCUCUUUGAGAAAUGAUGUUUCUGGUUCCAUGGUUCUUCAGCUCCCUAAAACCAAAGACAUGUGUUCUCGAUUUUGUCAAAUUUAUGGACUGGGUAAGUCCCAAAAGUUGAGAGAAAUAAAUUUUAAAUAUAAGGAGUUUGAGCUUAGUGGCUAUAUCAGCUCUGAAGCACAUUAUAAUAAGAAUAUGCAGUUUUUGUUUGUGAACAAGAGGCUAGUUUUAAGGACAAAGUUGCAUAAACUCAUCGACUUUCUAUUAAGGAAAGAAAGUAUUAUAUGCAAGCCAAAGAAUGGCUCUGCCAGUAGGCAGAUGAAUUCAAGUCCUCGGCAUCGGUCUAACCCAGAACUCCAUGGUAUAUAUGUAAUCAAUAUACAGUGCCAGUUCUGUGAGUAUGACGUGUGCCUGGAGCCAGCAAAAACUCUGAUUGAGUUUCAGAACUGGGAUACUGUUUUGGUUUGCGUUCAAGAAGGAGUAAAAAUGUUUUUAAAGAAAGAAAAAUUAUUUGUGGAAUUAUCGAGUGAGGACAUUAAGGAAUUUGGUGAAGAUGAUGAUUUUAGUUUAUUUAGUGCCACUCUUCAGAAGCAUGUGUCCUCUGAUGAGCAGUGUGGCCAGGUCAACUUCCAAGAAGCAUGUAAUAAUAUUUUGGAUUCCUAUGAAAUGUUUAAUUUGCACUCAAAAGCUGUGAAAAGAAAAGCUCCUGUAGAAAACAUAAACACACAACAUUCUAAGGAUUCGGAAGCCAUCAGAAAAAAGACAAAUGAUUCAUUUUUGUACACUUACAAAUCCAAUGGUCCAGUCAAUAGUAAAAUGACAGAGUCAUCUUUACAAAAUGAAGAUAGCACUUGCUCAGAGUCAAGGAUCUUAGAACAAGAGACAGCUGAAGCAUCAGAAUCAGGAGAAAAUGAGAAACAUAAAAAAUCUUGCUUGGAACUUAAGUCUUCAGAAAAUCCAUGUGGAACCAGUUCAGAAAUGUUUGCAAGCCGUUUUCAGACAUUAUAUCACUUUGACGGGAGUGGAGAAGAUCUAGAAAUACAGAAAGUAAGUACUACUGUUAAUAGCAUGGCUGCCAACAUCCUGAAAAAUAAUAGAAUUCAGAAUCAACCAGAGAGAUUUAAAGAUGCUACUGAAAUGGGAUGCCAGCCUCUGCCUUUUGAGACAACAUUAUCAGGAGCACAUGGUGCUCAGAGAGAGAAAGAGAAAAGGGAAAAAGAACCUAGUAAUUGUGGAAGAAUAAAUGUUUUUAGUUAUGGACAAGUUAAAUUAUGUUCCACUGGCUUCAUAACUCAUGUGGUACAAAAUGAGCAAACUAAAUCAACUGAAACAGAACACUUAUUUAAAAAUUAUGUUCAGCCUGGUCCUGUGAGUGCCAAAGAAACAUUUGGAAAUAGAACACACCAUUCAGUUGAGACUCCAAACACCAAAGAUUUAACCAGCACUUUAAGUAAAGAAUUUACUCAACUGCCCAACAAAAAAUUGUGCACAACAAAUAUAAGUUAUGGGCUAGAGAACAAACCUAUAGCAACUUAUAAAAAUGUUGCUGUUUUUCAGGAAAGUAGUACAGAAUCACACACAGGUUGCUUAUUACCUGACGCAUCCUCUUUCUCUUGCAGUAGACAUGUUUCAAAUGGUAGGAAGAAAACAGAUAAGUUGAUUGGUUCCACCAAACCCAUAGCUCAUAAGAAGCUAAGCUUAAGUUCACAAGUAGGAUCUUUAGAGAAGUUUAAGAGGCAAUAUGGGAAGGUUAAAAAUCUGAAUACAGAAGUGGAGGAAAGUAAUACAUUAGAAGUCACUACCAGUCUUAGUCCUCAGGUUGAACCAGACAUUCCAUGGAAAGACAAAAACCACUUAGAAAACUCUGGUAUUUGUAAAAUCACUACUGUGAAACAUAAUGAUUCAAAUAGUAGUUGUCAACCAGCACAUCACAUGCUUUAUUCAGAAAAGUUACCAUUCUCCAAGGAAAAUGAUUGUUUGGAACAACAGAUGCCUUGCUUAAGAGAAAGUCCUGUAACUCUACAGGAGUUAUCUCAUUUUAACAGAAAGCCUUUGGAAGUUGAGAAGUCACCUGAAUCACUAGCCUCUAAAUUAUCCAGAUUGAAGGGCUCCGAAGGAGAGACUCAAACAACGGAGAUGACGAGUCACCUUAAUGAACUUCCACAAUCAGAUUCCAGUAGGAAAGACAGCGACUUGCCCAGUGGGUUAACCCUAGAUUCUUGUAAGUUGUUUAAAAAUGAGCAUAAAAAAACAGAAAGUGGCAACAUCCCAGUGUCAGACUUUGUUACAAAGCGUAAUCCCUUCAAUAAAGACAAUGAAACAUAUUCUAGUAACAAUACAACAGAGAACUCUGUGAUAUCAGAAACUCCUUUGGUACUGCCUUAUGAUCAUUCGGCAGUUAUCAGUAAGGGUUCGGAUGUUCUAAUAGCUUCAGGACAACAGACUGGAAGUCCCGACCCUCCAAGUAGAGUGUUAAUGAGUCACGUAGAAGAUUCCACGACUGACCAAAAUGGAACUUACUUUCAGAAUGAGGAAUCUAUAGCGAGAACUUGUUCUGAAAAUGGGGAGUCCAACACAUGUUCUUUGGAUUGGCAGCAGCAUUUUGAUGUAGCCCUGGGAAGAAUGGUUUACAUCAACAAACUAACAGGACUUAGCACAUUCACCGCUCCUACUGAGGACAUUCGGGCUGCUUGUACUAAAGACCUGACAACUAUGGCUGUGGAUGUUCUCCUUGAGAAUGGAUCUCAGUACAGGUGUCAUCCUUUUAGAAGCGACCUUGUUCUUCCUUUCCUUCCUAGAGCUCGGGAAGAGAGGACCGUGAUGAGACAGAAUAACAAAGCUGCUGGGGACGAUACUGUUGGUCCUGAAUCACUUCAGUCUUUGUUCUCAGAAUGGGACAAUCCAGUAUUUGGCCAUUUUCCAGAGGUUGCUGUUGACGUUAGCAGUGGCCAGGCUGAGAGCCUAGCAGUUAAAAUUCACAACAUCUUGUAUCCUUAUCGUUUCACCAAAGAAAUGAUUCACUCGAUGCAGGUUCUUCAGCAAGUGGAUAACAAGUUUAUUGCCUGUUUAAUGAGCACUAAGACUGAAGAGAAUGGUGAGGCAGGUGGAAACCUGCUAGUCUUGGUGGACCAGCAUGCCGCCCACGAGCGCAUCCGAUUAGAGCAGCUGAUUAUUGAUUCCUAUGAGAAGCAACGGCCACAAGGCUCUGGUCGAAAAAAAUUACUGUCUUCCACUAUAAGUCCUCCACUAGAGAUAACAGUGACAGAGGAACAAAGGAGACUCUUGCGGUGUUACCACAAAAAUCUGGAAGAUCUGGGCCUUGAAAUUAUAUUUCCAGACACUAGUGAUUCUCUGGUCCUUGUAGGAAAAGUACCACUCUGUUUUGUAGAAAGAGAAGCCAAUGAACUUCGAAGAGGAAGAUCUACUGUGACCAAGAGCAUUGUGGAGGAGGGGAAUUUUAGCUUGCAUACGUAACACAGUUUAAAGUAGUUUGUUCUUCUGUCUCUUCCUAAACUGUACACAAACCUUACAACCCUUUGUCUUCUACCACUCUUCUCCCAUCUUCCAUUUUGUUGCCUAUUUUAAUUCCACCUUGUCUUUAAUCCCGCUGGUAGACAUUAAUUUUAUAGUAGAUGUUUAUUUAGCUUAACCAAAAUGUUUCCCAGUCUUUGUUCACUAUGACUUCUUGCAUCCUACUUAUUCUUUGUGUUCAUUUUUCAUUUUACUGAAGUAAAUCUCUUAAAAGUUCUUUUACGAAGAGUCCGGGAAUAAAAUAUCUUUGAAAACAUCUUUAUUCCACCUUCACAUGUGCAUGACUGUCUAGCUAAAAAUAGAAUUCCAUAUUCUUAUUGAUCCCUCAAACAUUUCAAAAAUAUUCCAUUACUUUUGACAUUCUGUUUUUGCCACUGAAGUCCAUUGUCAAUCUUAUCAUUACUUUGCAGGUAACCUGAUUUUGUCUGUGGUUGCUUUUAAGAUUUUCUCUGUCUUUGGUGUCCUGCCAUUUCCCUAUGAUAUGUCUUUGUGUGGAUUUAUUUUUAUUUCCUUCUUGAGAUUCAGCUUACAUAUUCAGUUUGGAAAAUAUAGUUACUAUCACUUCAAACAUUGCUUCCUCCCCCCUUUUCUCGCUUGCCUCCUAGAAAUACUAUCAGAUGUCUCCUGGACCUUAUCAUUCUAUUCUCCAUGUCUUUUAAGUUUCAUAUUUCCCAUGGUUUUACCUGUGAUGUAUUCUGGGAAAUUUCCUCACUUACUUUCCAGUAAACUUCCAGUAAGUUGUCUCUUCAUCUACUGUUUAAUUAGAUGGUUAACUUGUCCACUGGGUUUUUUAUUUUCGUGACUGUUAUUUUUUUCCAGAAUUUUUAUUUGUUUUUUCUCACAUCUAUCUGUUCUUUUUUCAUGGUGUUCUUUCUUAUUCAUCAUGGUUUCUUAACUCCUCCUCUAGCUUUUUCUGUUUGGAGCGCAGGCAAAUCCACAUCAACUCAGUCUGUCAUUUUUUCCCAGAAAUCUGAACUACUUUGGUAAUAUCUACAAAUAAAAAGUAGAAGAUAGAUUUAGUGGGUAAGUUGUGGGAUACAUGGAUAUAGGAAAGAUCUGAGGUAGAGAGCCGUGGAGGGGCUGGUGCACUGGUGCAGAUAAGACAGGAUGAAGAUUUGACCAAGUCAGUAGCAGUGGGAAUGGAGAGGAGGGACACAUUUGAAACAUAAUCUGGAAGGUAGAGUCGGGAGGACCUGGUGGGCAAGAGAAUAUAAAAGAGAUAAAGGAGGAAAGAUAAGUAAUGAUUCUGAGGCUUCUCACUUGGACGACUGGAGGGAUGGUGCCAUUGACAGAAGAAGGAAAUAGAGGAGAAGUACACCUCGCUGGGGAGUGAGAUCAUGAGCCUCAGUUUAGCUGCACUGACUGCGCCUCCAAAUGGAGAUGUCCAGCGGAUAGACAGACUUCCAGACCUAGCACUUGGGAAAGAAGUCAGGCCUGUAGUAUCUAUUUGGGAGUUAAUAGUAUACAGUUGGCCCUUGAACAACAUGGGUUUGGACUGUGCGGGUCCACUUAUACUCACAUUUUCUUCAAAAAACACACACUAUACUACUACAGGAUCUGCA